CGCGGUGUGCUCGUGUUCUGUGUAAUGUCAAGCGGAUCAUCGGAGCAAUUGAAGAAAUUUGUAUUUUCUUCAAAAUAUUCCGUGCGAGGAGAAAUCCGUGAAGAAAAGUUAGAGGUCGUUAUUCCCGAGUUAUUACAAGCCAGCUACUCGUUUUACACCUGGCCUUCAUCUCCAGUUUUGGCGUGGUUUUUGUGGGAGAACCGCCAAGAGCUCGUCAACAAAAACGUUCUGGAAUUGGGUUGCGGCACCGCCUUACCUGGAAUAGUAGCAGCAAAGUGCGGCGCAAAAGUGGUCCUUAGCGAAUCAGCGACGCUACCAAAGUCUCUGGCACACACCCGACGCAGUUGUCAACUCAACAACCUCGUCCUCAACCAGCACGUGAAGGUAAUAGGCCUAACGUGGGGGUUGUUUCUGAACGACUUGGACUCUAUCGGCCCUCUAGACUUCAUCCUAGGCUCAGACUGUUUCUUUGAACCUUCGACUUUCGAAGAGAUCCUCGUUACAGUGUCUUAUCUGCUGGAACCGAACGCGGACGCCAAGUUCUUCUGCACCUACCAGGAUCGCAGUUCCGACUGGUCGAUUGAGCACCUCCUCGCAAAGUGGGAUUUGGAGUGCGUCGUGCACAAUAUCUCCAACUUGGGCUCCAGCGUCGGCUUGAACAUCCAAGAUCUUGUAGGCGACCACAGCAUCCACCUGCUGGAAAUCUCUAGGAAGUAGAUCGAGUGAUGGCGACGAAUAGCAUUAGGAACUUGUACAAGUUGUAUGUCGCUAACAUUCCUUGGACGAUUAGCA